AUGGAGGCCUAUCCCGAAGACUAUGUCGCCCACAAUCUGCCCUUCAUCGCCCUAGCUGGUCUUCCAACUUCCGACUCGUCUACCGAUGCUUCGACAACGUCGUCCUCAAGCCCUCUUCAAGGUGGUGGCCUGAAAAUCACCGACAACUCUCCUCCGCUGUCUGGUCCUCAUGCCGACUCUAUCUUGGACGAAUUCUUACGAACUCAUGGUGCUUCUCUGUCGUGGAGCGACCAGGCCUUGGCUGAGAGGUCUGGCUUGAUAGGUUUCAAAUUGUCGAGCGUUGGGAGGUCCUUCGUGUUUCCACCCAGAAAGGCCGCUCCUCCGCCCAUAGUGCCCUCACAAACUCCUCCAGGGAGUCCCAAUCCUUCUUCAUCCACUAGCCAUGAUCUGCACUCGCCUUUAUCUCCGCUCUCUCCUUCUUCUCCAGUCUUUCCCGAUGGUCUUAUGACUCCUCUAUGGCUGGCAAAGCACCAAUCGCGCAUUCCUGCCGUCUACCUCUCCUUCCAGACGUUGCAUUCGGAUCCGAACACUGAUACCGCCCUGAAAACCCACAUCAACGACACGAGAAACGCAAUCGCAAAAUCAGGCUUCAAGACGAGAUAUGCUGUCGUCCUUGUCUCAGAUGAUGCUGCGAUCUCUCCUCUCGACUUUGAGGAACGCCUCGCCAACAUCAGGAGAGCAACCUCCCUCGAUCCAAAGAUUUCGUGCUUCCACUAUGAUGUUUCCGACUCUCAGACCGACCUGCCGACCUUCGUAUCGAGUGUCUUGAGAGCAUUACAGCCUGUCUGUAUUGAUUACUACAGAGACUUGACAAAGCAUUCGAGAAGGAAACGAGGUCGCGCUGCCCCUCCACCAAUCACCGCUGCAGCAAGUCGUGGUACAUCGCAGGUCUUGACUACCAAUGGCUGGAAUGUACGCUAUGACUUCAAGCUGGCUGUCUUUGCAGAGUUCCGACAAGAAAUGGAUGUAGCUCAGAGGCAUUAUGAGUCUGCCCUGGAAGAAUUGUUCGGUCCUGAAGGAAGUCUCGAACACACGCCAAGUUGGUCAGCUCGUUGGCAAGAAGCCCGAUUACUCUGUGAUAUUAUUGCUUUCCGUGUUUUGCGCUGCCAAAUAUGGAGGGGCAUGACCUCCGGCACUGCCGAAUCCUGGUUCAACUACAAAGAGCGCAUGCGAGAUUUGAUUGAUCGUCGUGGCAAGGGUACUGACAACAGCUACAGCUGGGAAGCAUGGGAAGCACGCUGGGCCAAGAUGAUGGCGCAACUUAUCGAAAUGGCCGAUUUACCUGUCUUCAAAUCCGUGGAUCUGUCCGACCCUGAAGAACAGACUGCCCCACUUACUAUAUAUGCGCCAGCAGAAAAAUUGUAUUCAACCAUGGAACGCAUGAUGCCAUUUCAUCUGCUCCAUCAUCCAGGAUACUGGUGGAGAUUGGCCUGCAAACAUCUUGUAGCGCGCAAAAGGAAAGCAGAGGCCAUUCCGCAGGAGGACAGGACGCUUCCGGGUGAAACGACUCCAGCGCAGCUCGCGAGCCGAACUAGAACAUACGAUACUUACAUGGUUCCCCAGCCUCACGAGGAGGCACCCUUAUCUGGACACAGUACAUACGACUACUUACUGGACCUGCAAAGCCAGACUGAAAGGGUAGAAAGCAUCAUGUCCGACAGAGGUCAGAUGAGGGCAGUUCAUCAGGUCAAGAUCGACCUCGCGCGCGAAUUCUACAGGGCCGAGCGUUAUGAUGAAGUGCUUAAAACUCUGCAGCCAGUAUGGGACAACAUGAUCUGGAGACGCGAGAAGUGGUUCGAUCUGGCAGUCGAAGUUCUAGAGUUGAUCUACGAGUCUGCAGAAAAGACGGGCAACAUCAAGCUUCAGGCCGAAAGUGCCUGGGAGCUCACAUAUCAGCGUAUGUCUCUCGAAUCUCAGAAAUCAAUCGACAUAUCGCAAUGCUUGUCAAAAACUGGUAGUAACGACGAGCGCAUGCACAUCCUUCUGGACACCCAGUCAAGACUCUGUCCAGUCACUGUCACAUUCUCGUUCUUUUCAGGCGCAGGCUUCGUAGGAGAUACUGCUGCUUGUCAAGUUGCAGUUGUCCACAAUGCUUCAGCACAAAAGAAUAGUUUGACCUUGACAGAACUUCGGGUUCAUUUCAAUACCAAUAUCAAAAGCUUGGUGAUCAACCACUCCGACGAUGCUAGUCAAUCCCUCACAACAGAAUUGAAAGUCGAAGAAGAACAUGAUCCAGCACAUCCUAUGGCAAAAGGUUUGUUGACAAAUGCGAAUCUGACAUUCAAGCCUGGUCAAAUUCGUGUCUUCAACCUGACAAUUCCGCUUCGCGAUUCGGAUUCGUUCGGCGCUACUGGUGCUUCUCUGAUCCUCAAAGCAUCCGGGGCCACACUCGAGCAUGUUCUCAGUCGUCCGGCAGAUAUAAGUUCUUCGAACUGGUGGUUGCAUUCAGAAGACAAGCUUCUGAGAAAGCAGAUCCCUCGGGCAGAGCCAAACACCAUCCAAGUGUUGCCGAAGCCACCGAAGGUGCAGCUACGGAUCACAAAUCUCAAAGAACAAUACUUUACGGGCGAAAAGGUGGCCCUCGACAUUCAGAUCCUCAACGAGGAAGUAGAGGAGGUUAACGCCUCUAUACGCGCUGAAGGAAAAGACAAUACAGAAGUUGCACUUAAACUUGCUUGGAGGGACAACGACAACGACAGAGCCAACGACACGGACUUGACCAGCCUCCAGAUUGGCAAGAUAAAGGCCGGUGAAUCAAAGUCUCAUCUGCUCGAAUUCAAGGCUCCGCUGCAACUUUCAGAAUAUACUCUCAAAUUGGAAGUCAAUUACCGUUUGGCCUCAGAUCCGGAAACACCUGUCACAAAGACGUUGGAGUCAGUCAUACCCUUCGUCAGCCCCUUCGAGGCGAACUACGACUUUGGACCGCGCUUGCACACAGGAGCAUAUCCAGACUAUUUCAGCCUACCGGACAUUUCCGAAGAUGACAAUGAACAGUCCAAACCAGCGCGAGGCAUAUCGCAGAGAUGGUGCUUGACCAGCCGUGUGGUAUCCUUUUCUACUGAGCCUUUACUCGUUGAGGCGACACAGCUUGUUGUCAAUAGAGUCACCAGCAACGCGGUGUGCGAAGUCGAGGACUCUUCCGAACCACGAAAGCUCUCACGCAUCAUGGCUAUGAAGGAUAUGAUUGACGUUCCUCACAUCUUGGCAGUGCGCAAGUUGACGCUGGAGGAUCGACGCCCUUCUGCAUUGGAACUGUCCUUAGCAGUCACUUGGCGCAGACAAGAUGCCAGUGAUGACGAUACAACAACCACUAUGCUUGCAGUGCCCAGCAUGACAAUACCUUCUGCCGAGCCUAGGGUACUGUGUACAGCCAGCGUUCCUCCCAACACAGAAGACGAACCCACCACUGUCUCAUACACCUUGGAGAACCCAUCGAUGCACUUCUUGACGUUCAACUUGACUAUGGAAGCGAACGAGCUGUUUGCUUUUAGCGGAUCAAAGCACCGAGCUGUGAGCUUGACCCCGAUGAGCCGCGUUCAGGUCGACUACAGACUAUUGGUAUAUCCUGUCGACGAAGAUGAUCUGACGGAGCGACAAGGUCGAAAGGGACAUUGGGUUUGGCCAGCCCUCAGAGUAGUUGAUGCAUAUUUCCAGAAGACACUCAGAGUGCUGGAUGCUGGGGAUGGAGUGCAGAGUGACGAUAGGGGUGGCGUUGGCAUUUGGAUACCCGAAUAG